UCAAGAUUGAAAUCAACAAAGAAGAUCGCUUAUAAACGUCGGUAUAAAAUUAACAAUCUUUGAUUUUUGUGUGAUAUUGUUGAGAUUUUACACAAAUAAUUUAUUACAUAUUGUUGAGAUUUCACAUAAAUAAUUUAUUACAUAAUAAUUAACCAAUUACUAUUUUAUUAUAAUCUGUGUUUACGUUGUAUGUUUGUACAUUUUUAUACAGGUUACAAAUACUAUAGUAAUAAAUAAAGAGUUCAACUUACAAUUUGAAUAUUUUUUGUAUUCUUUAUUUAUUGGAACUGAAUUAGUACUUUAUGUAAAAUUAUAUAUGAAGUAAAACAAUGGAUUCAUUAAGUAAAAAACACAGUUAUGCUAUCGAAUCUGAAGAAUUGAUGGAAGAAAGUUAUGUGAAAGACUACACAGAAGAAGAAGCUGAGGAAUAUUUAAGGCUUGUAAACAGUAAAAAUGCCGAUAUAAAGAAAUCCGAAUUAGGUACAUUUGAAGUAUUAGAUAACAAUUUGCAAAAGCUUUAUGUAGAAGAUUUAGCAAAAGAUUAUCAAAAGUGCAGUUUUACUUACCAGCCAAAAUAUAACAAUCUGCCAAUUAUUUCUAUGAAAAAUAAAUUAUUAUCGAUAAUUGAGACAAAUUCUGUAGUUGUUAUUCAAGGACCAACUGGUUGUGGAAAAACUACUCAGAUUCCUCAAUUUAUUCUUGAUGCUAGCAUUAAGAAAAAACUUAACUGCAAUAUCAUAGUUACACAACCAAGACGAAUUGCAGCAAUAAAUAUUGCCAAAAGAGUUAGCCAAGAAGGGGGAUGGCCUCUUGGUAGUCUCAUAGGCUAUAUAGUGGGUAUGCGCAUGGAAACUUCAUCUGAAACCCGCUUAACAUAUUGCACUACCGAGAUCCUUCUCAAUCGUUUGAUUCAUGAUAAACAUAUGUUAAGAUAUACUCAUAUUAUAUUGGAUGAAAUUCACGAACGCGAUCAAGAUUUGGAUUUUCUUUUAUUAGUCAUUAAAAAAUUAUUACAAACAAAUUCUAGACAAGUUAAAAUUAUUCUUAUGUCGGCAACGAUCGAUGUAACGAGAUUCGCGGAAUAUUUUUCUACUAGAAUAGAAAAUGAGUUAGUGCCGGCAUCUAUUGUCAAGAUUCCAGAAAAAAGAAAUUUUAAGAUUUGUAUAUAUUAUCUGGAUGAAAUAGAAAAUCUAGGAGCGAUACCAGAGGUGUCUGUCACAGAACCAAAAGUUGCAGAAAACAUGUUCAAUUUUUGUUUUCUUAUCAUUGAUGCUUUGGAUCAAAUUGAUAUUAAUGACAAUGAAGAAGAUUCGCAUUUGCUUCAGAGACACGCUGUUCUCGUAUUUUUACCCGGAAUUUAUGAAAUUGAAGAAUUGUAUAACUACCUAUCGUCAGUUUAUCAUGAGAACAAAUUAUGGGACUUGAUGAUUUUGCAUUCAUUGAUUUCUAGUGAUGAGCAGCAACAGAUUUUUCACAAACCGCCAGAAGGUUAUAGACGGAUUAUACUUUCCACAAAUGUUGCUGAAAGCAGUAUUACUGUACCAGAUAUAAAAUAUGUGAUAGAUUUCUGCCUUAUUAAAGUGCUGGUGGUCGAUCCUAAUACUCAUUAUCAAAGUUUAAAACUUUGUUGGGCAAGUAAAGCGAAUUGUAUGCAACGAGCUGGUCGUGCAGGUCGUGUAAUGAAUGGCAGAGUGUACAGAUUAGUGCCAAAAGCAUUUUAUAAUAACAUUUUUGACGACGAAAGCACUCCGGAGAUGCUUCGCGCUCCACUCGCCAACGUCGUUCUUCGCGCCAAGAUUCUUGACCUUGAUGAACCACGUACCCUUCUCUCCCUUUCUCUAGAUCCGCCUUCUCUUUCUAAUUUAGCAGCCACCAUCCUGACUCUAAAAGAGGUCGGGGCAUUAGUAAAUGAAGAUAAUUCCUUUCAACCUUUUGAUGGAAAAUUAACCGACCUUGGUAGAAUAAUGGCGUUUCUUUCGCUUGAUAUACGAAUUACGAAAUUAAUUAUGCUGGGUCACGUUUUUGGAGUUUUACGAGAUGCUAUUAUUUUGGGGACUAGUAUGGCUAUCAAGGAUAUUUUUAAUAUCGUGAAAUGCCGAUCUAAUAUUUCUUCUUAUGUCACUCGUAGAAAAUGGGCUAACGAUUCCGAUAGUGAUUGCAUUGCUACUUUGAAUGUUUACAAAAAGUGGCAAAAUGAAAAAGCGAAUCGUCGAUUAACUACUUAUCAAGCCGAAAGACAAUGGGCCCAGAGAAAUGGAGUCCAAUUAAAAACUCUACGUGAAUUAGAUGCUUUAGUAAACGAGAUCACUCAGAGAUUGCUGAAGUUUGGAAUUGAGGAGAGUAUUGGAGUUAAUAAAGGCAUCUGGCAAGAUACAGAUCGCGAUUUUGUAUUAAAAGUCAUUCUCGCAGGAGCAUUCUAUCCUAAUUAUUUUGUCAAACGUAUGCAAAAUUCGGAACUUCAUAAAGAAAAUAUUAUAAUGAGUUUGGGUGCCUUAGAUCCCUUGAAGACAGUCUAUUUAAGAGGAUGGCCAAUAGAACAGCCUGGAUAUUUGUAUGCUAAAAAAUUUCAGGAGAUUUUUGCUAAGCAUCUAGGAAUUCCAGAAAAACAAAUAGCAGUGUUUUUUGAUAAAUCAAAACGUGUUUAUGUGCAAUUUCAUGAGAAAGUGCAUAUGAAUGACAAUUUUUACAAUAUAUCAAACUUUGUAUAUCAGGCUGUCAAGAUCAGACAAUGUGAUAUACCGAUCGAGAUAAACUUGCUGAAUAUAAAAGAAGCACAGAAAAGAGCAAAAUAUUAUGAUGUUCAUAAAUUUGAACGAACUCUUUUCUAUCAUAAAGAUUUGAGAGAGAUAAAGAGUGAUAGUUAUAAAAUUAGGCCGAAAUUGCCAGGACUUGAUGUCACUUUUAUACCUCUAUUUAUACAAACUAUUAUCAGUCCUGGAUAUUUUUGGGCGAUUUUCGAUGAUAAUGUCACUCAUCGUAAAUUACAAAUGAUUGAAGACGUUCUUAAUAAACAGCCUUUAAAAGAAUUUCUUUCUCCCCCAAAAAUUUCAACCAUAAUUGCUGCCCCUAUGGAAAGAAAAGAAUCUUUACUUUAUUAUCGUGCAAUAAUUGAAGAUUUCAUCUCAGAAGAACUAGUCGACAUUUUUUUCAUCGAUAAUGGCUGCUCCUCUCGAGUUCGAUGUAGCGAUUUAAGAAAAAUUAAUGAUAUCACGAUUUUGGAAAUGCCUCCUUUAGCAUUCCAUUGUAAUUUAGCUUUUCUGCAACCUUCAUAUCAAGCUAAUUUUCAUGGUCGAUGGUCAAAAAUUUCGAAAAAUUAUUUUGAAAUGCAAAUUAAGAAAAGGAGAAAAAUUUUUGGCAAGAUUUAUUCAGUUGUUGAUAAUAUUGUUAAUUUGGAAUUGAUUGCUGUUGAUAAAGAAGAGGAAUUUAAUAUUAAUAAUGAUAUGAUUGAGAAAGGAUAUGCUAGAAGAAAAGAAGAAAGUUAUUUAUCAACAUAUAAUCAUGAACUGAGAGUAAAUAUAAGCAACUUUAAAGCAAUAUCAAUAGAGGAGAAAAAAUUUUACGAACAGGAACAAUAUGACAAAGAUUACUUAUUAAAAUAUCCUAAUCCACCUAAAGAAGAAGAGUGUAAUUCUAGUAUAAAACUUCAAGGUCCAAGCUCUCCCUUAGAAAUGGAAUUGAUCCAAUUGACAUCAGUUGGAAAAUUAAAAAGAGCAAUUAUAGAUUCGAAUUCUGUGAAUUGUGUUUUUUUGGAUGACGAUCACAAUCAAUCAUCGGGACGUCUUUUAGUCGCUCAGAUUGUCAAUCAAAGAUUAAGUAGUGGAAAAUUAAUUCUGAAAAAUACGACUUUUCUGCCAAAUAUUCCCGGACUUACAGCAUUACUCGCGCUAAUCUUCGCACCGCGCAUGGAAUUGAGACGUAAUUCACGAAAGACUUAUUAUACGGGAGCUUUAUGUGGUUUGGGACCGAUUGAUAAUCUUACUGGACAGGCUGUGUUAUCUGAUCAUGAUAUGGAAAUUAAGUUUGACGUGGAAAUCACAAUCGACGAUAUUAAAGAGAUAAAUAAAUUACGUUAUUGGAUGAAUGCUGGAAUGCAACUAAGUCAAAACUCCAAUUGUGAGCAUAUUAUUAUCUGUCAGAAUAAAAUCAAACAUAUUCUGCUUGAACUAAGAAAUAAACAAAGAAAAUCACAUAAUCCAUUGAACAACCAAAACGAUUAUUGCUUUGAUAAAUGGAAUUAUUAUGACAAAUUAUACUUUUUGCCAUCUAUUCAAGAAACAACAAAACAAUGCGAUAUAUAUCCGCUGCAUAAAGCGUUAGAAUUAUGCGAGAUGGAUGAAAAAAAGGAGGAGAUGUUAGAGCAUCUUUUGGAAUUACAACGUUUUGCUCGCGAAGAUGUACUUAAGAUGAAGAACGUGGCUAUUUUCUGUAAGCUGUGCGCAAUAGAGACAUUUGGUCUAUUGGAACUACGUAAUCAUCUUUAUUCAGAACAACAUAUAAAAAAGGAGAAAACAUUACAAAAUUAAUUGGAACAUUAUUAUUUUGUUAUUAUAUUAUUAUUAUAAAUCAAGAAAUUAUUUUUAAAUCAGAAUCAAAAUAUUAUGCUUAAGAUAGAUUAUGAUAAUUAAUACUUUAAUUUUAUUAUAAAUGACUAUAUAUUUUUUCUAUUAUAAGCAAAUAUGAAUAUUAUUUUUUUAUUUAGAUUUUUUAUUUAGAUUUUUUUUAUUAAUAAUCUAUAUUUUGCAUUUGAGUAUAGGUAACACAUUCAAUUUAAUUUUUUGAUACAUUUAUGGAUUAAUACAUUAUUAUUUUUUAUAAGAAAUAUUCAGAUUGUAUAACAAUUUAUGCAUCCAUAAAAUUCAAAUAAAUACAUAGAUUACAUAUUUACAUAUUAAUUAUGACCAUGUUUCGAUAUUAUUGUCAUAUAUUGAAAAUUUGUAGUUUACGUACAUUAUAGAUUUUCAGUACUGACAGUAAUAUUAGAACAUGGCCUAUAUUGUAGCAUGUAUAUACAUUGAAUAGGUUGAAGAGGUUGGGAUUUGACUAUCACAAAAGGAGUAAAAAGUUUCUGUGUCAAUUAGUCAGAUCUACUUCUUCAACGCGUAUAAUAGACUUAACAUUUAACAUAAAUGACAUAAAGUAUGAUUUGCAGUCUGAGAGUUUGAAAUUUGAGGUUUGACUGAAAUUUGUUCUUAUAGUGCAGUUCGUGCGUGGUGAACAUAAGGUUAUGUCAAAAGUAUAUAUUUUUUUAUAUAAAGAACAUGACUAAUAUAACUAAUAGAAUUAAUAAAUAAAUUUGCUCCACGAUACAA